AUGAACUUCAGUCCUACUCAAUCAAUCUCUCCAAACGACUUUUAUACGGCCCCGAAUGAUGCUACAGGGGCGAGUAAAACAAGGUCCCGCCGCCCCUGUGAUUCGUGCCGGCGCAGGAAAUCGCGAUGCGAGAUAGUGGACGGCGCCCCUCCUUGCGUCUUGUGUCGAUUUCAUCGCCAAGAGUGUACCUUUCUGGAAGAUCCCCAGCCAAGGAAACGGAAGGCGGCAUCUUUGAGUGAAGAAGAGCACAACUCGAAAGGGGAGGCUCCGCGCCGCGCUCCACCUCCAACACAGGAAAAGCUUUGGGUUCCGGGAUAUUCGCCUGCAGAUGCCCCGAAGAUUCGUCAAGACCAACCAGUCGACAACUACGCCAAUCUGAAAGGACCCUCCCUUCUAAAGAAGACGCUGGGAUUGCAAAAUCACCGACAUAGCCGCCUAAUAGGCUCGACAUCCCAAUAUGAACAACUACUCCUGGAGCUUAACGACUACCAUAACAAAGAGGAAGUGCCGGUUGGCCUUUCAGCUCUACGAAAGGUUAAUGCUCUCGACACUGCUUUUGUUUUGUCUCCGGACGACGGUACGAGAAACCAUGAAGAUGAGAUCCUAGACCUGGAUGCAAUCGAGACCUUAGUCGCUCCUCAUGGUCAAGCCUUGAUACACUUAUAUUUCCGGAUUGUGCAUCCCAGCUUUCCCAUCUUGCACAAGAGGGUUUUUCUGGAAAAAUACCAGCGGACGCAUCGGGAAUUCUCUCCGCCACUACUUGCUGCAGUCUACAUCCUAGCUUUGAACUGGUGGACGUAUAGCAGUGAGCUGGCUUUGCUCCCAAAACCCGACGUGCCACGGCUGGAGAAGUUGGCUUUCAAAACGAUGAACGACAUAAUACACCGACCAAAACUCUCGACGAUUCAAGCUGGCCUUCUUUUACUUCAGCGGCCAGAAGGCGACUCCUGGGCUUUAACUACACAGCUAGUGGGAAUCGGGCAGGAUCUUGGCCUCCAUCUGGAUUGUUCAAGCUGGAGGAUUCCAUCCUGGGAGCGGGGACUGCGGAAACGACUGGCGUGGGCUCUUUUCAUGCAGGACAAGUGGGGAGCUCUUGUGCAUGGUCGGCCAUCACACAUAAUAGCUUCGGAUUGGGCUGUCCAACCGCUUCAUGAAGACGAUUUCCCCGAGAAUGCGGCCGAUGAAGACAACGAAGACGGUAGUACCGAAGUCGAGAAAGGUCGCGCACUUUUCUGCGAAAUGAUACAGCUUACUGAGAUUCUUGGUUCCAUAUUGUCAAAUUUCUACACUCUGAAGACUGAGGAAGAGUUUAGGCAACGUGCACAGGAAGGUGUACGUUGGUUGCUUGAAAAAGCAAACCCGAUACAGUCGUCCCUCAAACACUGGUUCGACAAUCUGCCACCUUCUCUGAGGAUGGAGGACAUUACUAUGAGAAAGUUAUCUUCAACAGGAUAUCUCCACCUGGGCUAUUAUGCCGUUGGAAUAACGCUUCAUCGCCAGAUCAUUCGCUCCCUUUCUUCGGUCGACGACCCAUCACUCAGAGGAAUCUGCCGUCAAGCCGCCAAUGCCCGCCUCAAAUCGGCAAUGGAGUUUGUGAAGAGCCUUCGUCCUGAACACCUUCAAUCCUUCUGGUAUUCAGCCUCGAAGUAUUGCUUUGCUCUGAUUGGAACAUUCACAUCUUUGCUAUGGGCAACAGCACAAGACAAAGAAGAGGCAGAUCUGUAUAAAGCAAAACUUGACGAAUAUCGUUGGACCCUGCGGUUGUCGUCAAAGUCUGCCGAUUUCCUUGAGCGAGCAAUCAGCAUGCUUGCAACAUCUACCGGUGUCUUGGUCAAGGCAAUACCUGAGAAGCCAAACCCGGAGUUCAUCUUGAAUCGACACCGACACAGAAUGAUGAGCGUGCCGUCUUCCGCGCCACAAAUCCAUUCAGACAACGCGUCUCAAGGACACUCAAUCAUGUAUGAGCAAUCUGAAUCCGAGGCUUACGAGGGCCGGUCUCCAGAGCAGGUUGGAGAAACUCCUUCACCAAACGCUACGGCUAGUGGUGAGUGGAAUGCCGACCCACUGUGGUUUGGAAGUGCAGGGCAAAUCAACAGCAUUGAUGCUGUGUAUAGCGACCAUAACACACCAAAUCUGACAAGAUCUUAUCUGGAGAUGCCGGAUAUGAGACAUCUCCCGAACGGAUAUAACUUCCACGGGUUUUCAGGCUGUGGCCUAACACGAGAGUCUGGUGAUUGAGGCUUGCUUUCGUAUGUACUUGCGUGAUGAUCAUUGGAGUGCAUUGCAUUGAUAAACAUUC